AUGAGCUGUGAGCGGGGCAAAUCCGCACACAAGGAUGCUGACCCCUAUAAAUGUCACGUAUUCACAUGUGGAUGUCCAAAACGACGACUCCCCAUCCUCGGAACCGAGGAUCCUGAUGAGUGUAAGAGUGAGCGAGCUUUCACUAUUCAAGCCCAACAGACCGUAUGGGACAUCGGCAAACCACCAACCCAGGUGAAACAUCAGCCACUACAGGACACAAAGUUUAAACGAAAGUUCCUUGAGAAUCGUUAUCCUUUCCAUGUAAAUCACUCGGGCACCGUAAGCGAAACAAAAAUUGCUUGGCGAAAUGAAAUUGACAAGUCACCCAUUGACGAACUGCUUCCCGAUGCCAUAGAGGGACUGUCUGAUAAACAUCCCUUCUACGCAAGCAUAUCCCACAUGGUCAUCGUGGACAUCAUAAAACACGCUCCCCCCGAAAAGGUGAUCGCAGCCCUCCCAAAGUUCGCAUUGGCUUUCAAGAAAACAGCGCUUCUG